AUGCAGAAACUCGACACAAUACACGAGUUGAGCGUCGAAAGUGGUGAGGUGGCAAAAGCGGGUAGCAUGAGACAGUGGGUCGUACAGAUCCUUGCUGGCGAUGUCUCUGAAACUUCUGAUCUGCACCCACAAAGAUGCCAUUACGACUGGGACGAGUUUACUCACCACCAAGAUCUCUCGCAACAAGUUAUAGUGAUACGUCGCUACACUCAGCAGGAGCAUCAGCUGCUGGUUGACGCAAAAUGCGAAGAACUUUGUAAUGCGACCACCAACCCAGCCAGUCACCUCACCGAUCUCGAUCGUUGUUUCUCUUCCCUGCUCAUAUGCAAGUGGUCGACUGUUGUGAUGCAACUGCGCCAGACGAUUGCGGACGAAGUCUGUGACUAUAUCUCCCGAUUACCUCGAGUGCCAACGGCCCUCCCAGGCGACCGUGGCGACCUCCCGAGUGAGUUGUUUUCAGGCCAAGAAAAGGCCUGGGACAAGUUACUUGUUGCAUCACAGCAUUCCAAGAAUAUUGUUCGCUGCAUCACUCUUCGCGUUCUGUAUGACCACAAAAUAUGCGAGUGGACCGACCACUUCGCUCAAACUGUGAAAAAUUGUGUCGGGGAGCUUAUUGACGCUACGGUGAGACAGUCCAGAGCUGCAGUGUGCGAACGAGACAAGCAACGUUGGUUCAUUGUAAGAGCGUACCUUUGGAAUUUUUGGCAAACAUGUCGGACACUUUACGCGGCAUUAAAUUUCAAGAGUAACUUUAAGCACAAUCAACAGUAUAGCCAAAACUUGUUUUAUCAAUGGUUUCGCAACUUCGAUGUCUCUACAGGCACAACAUUGAAGGAACUCACAAAGCUGUCAGCCAGCAAGCACAAGGCGGCUAGCUUGUGCCUUUGGACUCUGGCGCUCCUCCACAGUGAUCCUCAAUGCCUGGGACUGGACUUUGAUCUUGUGCAUGAGAGGUAUCGCAACGUUUCCGGUAGCGCGCUGAAUCGAUGUUCUGCGGAUGGUACAAGAUCCUGCAGUGGCCUUCACCCAAACGCUUGCCUGCGAUAUAGAGGUCUAAAGGUUAAAGAUCAAUCUAUGCACGAUCACACUUGCUCGGAUCAAAAUGCAGCGGAACGGAAAUUGACUUGGGAUAAAGCAUCUUAUACGUCAGUCGAUGGCCCAAGGGCUGUCUCGGUGGCUGCAACAGAUGCAUGUUCCGAGAAGGUUAAGUAUUGCAAAGCUUCUGGCCGAACCAUAGCAAUUUCUCACGUCUGGAGCCACGGUCAGGGCGGUAGGCCGCACCAUGGGAUCAAUCUCUGUCUCCAUCAGAGGUACGCCCGGAUAGCUCAAGAGUUUGACUGCGAUUCAUACUGGAUAGACACAGUAUGCAUCCCAGAGGAUCACAAGCUCCGAAAGGAAGCCAUCGGUUACAUCAACGAAGUGUUCUAUAAAAGUCAUGCUGUACUUGUUUGUGACAAAGACCUCAUGAAUAUUGACGUCUCGAAGCCCAACGUGGAACUCUACGAAUCGAUUGUUUGCGCGGUCCUUUUUUGUGAUUGGAACAGCCGCGCUUGGACUGUUCUUGAAGGAUUGAAAGGCCGAAAAAAUAUCUACAUCUUAUGCAUGAACAACCAGGUGCUCGAAUUCAAGACUCUUGUGCAGAGUCUCUGUGAUACAGGUCAUCUGAACAUCCUCGCGUUCAUGUCCCAGCUUGUGCAUAUUGUACCUUGUGACUCGUAUGACAGGAACUACAGCCCUUCUGCAAGAGAAUUGAGGGCAGGCCAAGUAGUCUUGGAGGUGGGUGGUUCAUGGCUGAGCCAUCGGCCUGCUAGCCGAAAAGGCGAUGAUAUUGUCAUUUGGAGCCUACUUCCUGGCCAUGGGACCAAAGCGUUGCAGAACGCUGUUGACUUCUGGCGGCAACAAUGCAGGGUCCACACGGGCUUCCUGCUUUCUUCUGCUGAAAGGCUCAAGCAACGCGGGCUGACUUGGGCUCCCAAGACCCCCUAUGCAAUGUCUACUGCAAAUAGAAAGGGUAAGUCGCAGGUCUUUUACCGUGCUUUAUCGUCACAAGAGACGUGUUUUGCCAGUAUUGACGAGCAAGGCAUCACCGCGGAAUGGUACCAGUACUACUUCCAAGAACCAGAGACCACUUUAUGGAGGAGGCUCGGAUUCAAUGACUCUAAAAUGACCGCUACACAAAUUGAACUUACCACGAUCCUACGGAAAUUUGUCCGCGUUGGCCGUUAUGGUUGUCUCUUGCAUCCCGUUAACGAAACUUUUGCGCACAAUGAGAAUGGGCUUUUAACAGGUGAGGAAGCCGCAAUGCCCUAG